AUGAAUCAAAUACUACAUGAAGGUAAUUUAAUCCCUAUUAAUAGUUCCAAGAAGAUAUCUAUUUAGUUAAGGGUAUUUCAAUAAAGUAAACAAAUGUAAUUAUUGUGACAUAUGGUAUACAUAAAUACUUACAGAAAAUGUCUUAGAUUGA